AUGAAAGUGCUACUGGUGCACGCAGGGGGAGACAUCAAGCGACUGCCAUGGGCCAAUCCGUGCAGCAAGCCCUUUGUGCCCUUCCCUCUCCCUCCGUGCCCCAUUGCCCUGCCUAUUGACUGUCUGUGUCCCACAGUCCGCCUCUGCAUGGCUUUCAUCAAUGAAGGUGCUACUGGUGCAUGCAGGGGGAGACAGCAAGCGACUGCCAUGGGCCAAUCAUUGCGGCAAGCCCUUUGUGCCCUUCCCGCUGCUGCCAUAAGCCAAUCUGUGUCAAACCCUGCUCUCCCUCCUUCCCUCUCCCUCCGUGCCAUAUUGCCCUGCCUAUCGACUGUCUUAGGCAUCAUCUACCCGCCUCCCCUCAAUGAAAGUACUGCUGGUGCAUGCAGGGGGCGACAGCAAGCGACUGCCAUGGGCCAAUAUUCCCCUCCUUUCCUCUGCUUCUGCAUGCAGGGGGGAGACAGCAAGCGACUGCCAUGGGCCAAUCCGUGUGGCAAGCCCUUUGUGCCCUUCCCUCUCCCUCCGUGCCCCAUCGCCCUGCCUAUUGACUGUGUCCCACCCACAGCCCGCCUCUAUGCGUCUCCCAUCAAUGAAGGUGCUGCUAGUGCAUGCAGGCGGCGACAGCAAGCGACUGCCAUGGGCCAACCCAUGCGGCAAGCCCUUUGUGCCCUUCCCGCUGCUGCCAUAAGCCAAUCUGUGUCAAACCCUGCUCUCCCUCUUUCCCUCUCCCUCCGUGCCCUAUUGCCCUGCCUAUCGACUGUCUUAGGCAUCAUCUGCCCGUCUCCCAUCAAUGAAGGUGCUACUGGUGCAUGCAGGGGGAGACAGCAAGCGACUGCCAUGGGCCAAUCCUCCGCCACCCAACGUCUCCCAUCAAUGAAGGUGCUGCUAGUGCAUGCAGGGGGAGACAGCAAGCGCCUGCCAUGGGCCAAUCCGUGUGGCAAGCCCUUUGUGCCCUUCCCUCUCCCUCCCUGCCCCAUUGCACUCUGUUAUCCAGGCAUCAUCUGCCCGUCUCCCAUCAAUGAAGCCCUGGCGCUUCAAGCACUGCCCUCCAAUGGUAAGCUGCGAGGGGGGUUUGGAGGUUCGGAUUUGGCUCGUACCACUUAUGACUGCAAGCCCUUUGUGCCCUUCCCGCUGCUGGCUGGGGACGACCCUGACGCCCCCCCAUUGACUCUCUUUGACCACAUCCUCGCCAUCUCAGCACUGGCGCUGCAGGCCCUUCCACCCAAGGAUGGUGCGCUCUUCAUAAUGACAGGCGACGUGCUGCCAUGCUUCAACGCAUCUCGCAUCCCACAUGUCUGUACUGUUACCCAUAUGGGUCUUACCCCUCCGAUUGUUGUGCCAUCCCGUGUCCCAUAUCUACUGUCCCUCGCAGAGGGGUCACUCUUCAUAAUGACAGGCGACGUGCUGCCAUGCUUCAACGCCUCUCGCAUCUGCCUGCCCUCCCACGGGGCUCUCGUCGUCACUGCUGCUGUGCCCCUGGAUGUGGCCUCCCGGCAUGGAGUAAUUCUUGCUUCAGACCAGACCGGCCACGUUGCUUCGGACCAGACCAGGCACGCUGCCUCGGACCAAGCGUUGUCGCGGUCUGACUUCAACACACCGACACAGUCAGUUCCUCAAGAGAAGCAGCACCAGCAGGAGCAGCAGCGGCGACAGCAGCAGCAGCAGCAGCAGCAGCAGCAGCAGCAGCAGCAGCAGCAGCAGCAGCAGCAGCAGCAGCAGCAGCAGCAGCAGCAGCAGCAGCAGCAGCAGCAGCAGCAGCAGCAGCAGCAGCAGCAGCAGCAGCAGCAGCAGCAGCAGCAGCAGCAGCAGCAGCAGCAGCAGCAGAAGCAGCAGCAGCAGCAGCAGCAGCAGCAGCAGCAGCAGCAGCAGCACAGGCAGCAACAGGAGCAGCAGCAACAACAGCAGCAGCAGCAGCGGCAGCAACAGCAACAACAGCACCAGCAGCAGUGGCAACAGCAGCAGCAGCAGCAACGGCUGCAGCAGCAGCAGUUGCAGCAACAGCAACAGCAACAGCAGAAGCAGCAGCAGCAGCCGCCGCAACAGCAGCCACCGCAGUUGCUGCUGCAGCAGCAUCAGCAGCAACAGCAACAGCAGCAGCAGCAGCAUGAGAAGCAACAGCAACAGCAGCAGCAACAACACCAGCAGGAGCAGUGCCAGCAGCAGCGGCAGCAUGAGAAGCAGCAGCAACAGCAGCUGGAGCAGCAACAACAGCAACAGCAACAUCAGCAGCAGCAGCACGAGAGGCAAUGCAGCAGCGGAACCCCCGAACUAGUAGCGGACAACUUACAGAAGCCGAGUGUGGGGGAGAUGGUAGAAAGGGGUCCGAUGUGCCGAACAGCAGCCUUUAAGACAUCUCAAAAGUCCCCCGAACUAGUAGCAGACAUUUUGCAAAAGCCGAGUGUGCGGGAGAUGGUGGAGAGGGGGGCACUAUGCCGCACGGGGGGAGCGCUGCUAGACACUGGGAUCUAUGCUGUUUGUGGUGACACGUGGUGCGACCUGAUUGGGCUGGCGACCAGCGAGGAGGACUUGCUAGCAGAGCUGCUGGCGUCAGGCGAAGAGGACUUGCUAGCAGAGCUGCAGGCGUCUUGCGAAGAGGUGAGUGGGUGGGCGAAGGUGGAGUGGAUUGAGGGGUUGAAAGGGGUGAGGUGGAGUGGAGUUGCACGUCUCUCCCAUCCCAUGCACUUGUCCGUCUGUUCCCAUCCUUUCUGCGUGCACGUAUCAUGUCCGUCCCUCUGUCCCCAGUUGAGUCUCUACGAGGAGUUGGCAGCAGCAUGGGUGCCGGCGCGCCACGCCUGGCUGUCCUCCCGCCCCCUGGGAUCGCACCUACUCGCCCACCUCAGCACCCACUCCCUCUUCCACCACUGCGCAGGCAAGUCCGGUUCACGUCAUCAGAGUAUCUCCACUCCACCACAUGAGCCUCUAAAUUAUCCCCCUCCCCUUCCCUCCUUCUCCAUCCGCGUAACCCCUUUUCCCCUCUCCCUUCAUGCAGAUGAUCUCUCCUUCCUGCAUUUCGGCACGUCAUCAGAGUACCUCCACCACAUGCGCCUCGCCUACACUGGGCGAAUGCCGCGCCGCCACCUCAGCGCGGUCGCCGCGCCAACAGACUGCCACGUGGCGCAAUCUGCAGCGCUCAUCUCAUCGCACGUGCCACCUGGCACGUGUGUCGGGGAGGGAAGUGUAGUCUCUGACAGCUGGCUGGUCCGAGGCACGCGGAUCGGCGACCGAUGCGUCGUGAUUGGCAUAGACACAGCCGCUGCUGCCGCUGCUGCUGAGUCAGCAUCUGCCACGUCAGCAGGAGCUGCUGACGCAGCAACUGCUGAGUCAGCCUCCAGCGGUCCUCCCACCCCUAUUGUCACAUCGUUUUGUCCUCUUGUGCUGCCAAGCCACAUGUGCUUAUGGCAGGUGCCGCUAAAAGGGGGGCGGGAGGUCACCCUCUGCUGCGGUGUGGAUGACAACCCUAAGUUGUCGUUUUCUGGGGGAGGCUCCUUCUGUGGGCGCCCCUGGAGGCUGUGGCUGAAAAACAGAGGGCUGAAAGAGACAGACAUCUGGCCAGAUACAGACAACCAAGGCCGCCCAAUUCAACCAAAGCAGGACCUAUGGAACGCCCUCCUCUUCCCCAUCCUUCCCUCCGGCUCUGGCCUUCCCCUCGCCAUGUGGCUUCUUGGAAGCUUCCCUCCUACUAUCACCCAAGCUUCCAACCACACCCCCAGCCAAGCUGUCAGCCAACAGUACGCUGACACGUGGCGCACAUCUGACCGCACGUCGCUGGCUCUUCUCCACCGUCAGAUCGACUUCCCGGCUCUGCUCUCCUCUGCUCUGCACCGUCGAUCCAAGCUGCUUGCUGGCUUUUCUCGGGCUGCAAUAAACGGCAGUGCAAGUGCCUUUUCUCUUGUUACUGAUAGCGCUGCUGCUUCUGGUGCUGCCACUGCUGCUGCUGUUGCUGCUGGAGGGUCCCUGGGCCGCAAUUUAGCUUCUCUCACACGUCAGCUGCUGCUUGCUGACGUGAUAGACGCACACAGAAGCACCUGCCACGUGGCAGGGUCACACAAGAGUGCUAACUCAACCAGCAAUAGCAACAGUACAGACGAUGGAGACAAUGCGAACGGUGAUGGAGGCAAGAGAAAAGGCAGGGGGAGGAAGAGAGGAGCCCGAGACCUGUGUAGGGAACUCGCCUCAUUCUUCCCUCCUGUGGGGGGGAGAGAAGCCAUAGGAUCGUCACAAAAAAGGAGGGACGGAGAGAGCGGAGAAAAGGGGGUGGGAGAGGGGGGGGACGGGGGGGAGAAGGGGCAGAUGCGCCAUUUGCAGCAGCAGCAGUGGGCGGGUGUGCCUAUGAGUCGUGUACUACAAGCACAGCUAGACCUGGUUAGAGCAGCACGAGGGGUGCAAAGUGAGGGGACUGAAGGUUGCAAGUCUGGAGAGGGGGAGAAGGAAGAGGGGGGAGAAGGGAAAAGGGAGUUGGAAGGGAUUGGAGAGAGGGGGGGGAAUAGAGGAGGAGAGGGUGAAGAGGAGGAGUUGGAGGAGGGAGUGUGGAGGGCGGUGGCUGAGGAGGCAGCAGUAGCAGUGGGAGUGGGAGUGGAGGGGAGGGAUGAUGAGUUGGGUUCGACUCAAAAGCAGGCCGCAGCAGUAGCAGUGGGAGUGCGGGUGGAGGGGAGGGAUGAUGAGUUUGAGUCACCUCAAAAGCGAUCAGCCCUCCCUCUCGGCGCUACUGUGACUGUGACCCGACCAGUGCGCCUGGACAUAGCAGGCGGGUGGAGCGACACUCCUCCCUGGAGUCUAGAGCGGUGCGGAACGGUGCUGAACAUGGCAGUGCUGCUGGAGGGGAAGAGACCAGUGGGAGCUACUGUGACUGUAGUGAAAGAGCCUGGUGUGCUAAUGAAGGACGACCGCGGUGCUUCCCUCCACAUCCCCGACCCCACCACCAUCCCUUCCACCUGUCUUUUGAGUCAACUGAAACGUCACCCCGUCAACCCUUCCUCUGCUACCCACCCACCGUCCUUGCUCCCUCCGCAGGAUGACCACGGUGCUUCCCUGCACAUCCCCGACCCCGCCACCAUCCCCACCCACCUCUCGCCACAAGAACCCUUCGUUAUAGUCAAGGCUGCCCUCCUCGUCACCCGCAUAUCCACCCUCCUCUCCUCCUCCUCCUCCUCAUCAUGUGUGGGCCUGCAUAUCCGAACAUGGGCUGACGUUCCCAGGGGCAGCGGUCUCGGUACGAGCAGUAUUGUGGCAGCUGCUUUGGUGCGAGCGCUUCUGGUGCUGAUCCGAGGGGGAGGGAGGGGCAGGACUGUGGGAGAGAGCUCUCCUGCUGGGGCAGCAGAAAAGGCACCUGAGAAAGCACAUGAGAAAGCACCUGAGCAAGCACCUGAAAAAGCACCUGAGGAAGCACCUGGGGCAACAGAGGAAGCACCUGAGGUGACGGACGAGGAAGUGAGCCGCCUGGUGCUGCUUUUGGAGCAGAGGAUGGGCACGGGGGGAGGGUGGCAGGAUCAAGUAGGGGGACUUUACCCAGGCAUCAAGUGCACUAUCAGCCUGCCCACUCGCCCCAUUCGUCUCGUAGUGGACCCCCUUCAUCUGCUGCCGGCGUUCCGCUCUGCCCUCCAGCAACGCUUGGUUGUUGUUUUUGUGGGCCAGGUGCGUCUGGCCCGUAACGUCUUGAAGAAUUUGGUAACCCGUUACCUGCAGAGGGACUCCCGCCUUAUCUCCACCAUCCAACGGCUCACAGACCUCGCCGAGAUCGGCCGUCGUGCGAUCUCAACCACCGAUCUCGACCUUCUAGGGCGCGUUCUUUCCCACACCUGGGACCUCCACCAGGAGCUGGACCCGCACUGUAGCAAUCCACAUGUCGACGCGCUAUUGGCCGCUGUGAAGCAUCUGAGUUGUGGGGCGAAGCUUGCAGGGGCGGGAGGGGGAGGGUUUGCGAUGAUCAUGGGGAGGAGCGAGGAGGCUGCAGAGGAGAUUAAGGGGAUUUUGAGAGGCAUGGGCGAGGCUGUUAGGGUGUAUGACUGGGCUGUCGCUGUGUGA